AUGGGCAAGUGUCACCUUACCAAAGGCAAGCAAGCUUUGGAGAUCCGCAGCAGUUUGUCUGAGAAAAGGGCAUUAACUGAUCCCGUUCAGCAAACCACGUCUUCUGCAGAGUCCCUGGCACGGAACCUACAAUGGGCCAAAGCUCAUGAGCUUCCAGAAAGCAUGUAUCUGGACUUCAGAUGUGGCGUCCAGAUCCAGCUGGGGUUUGCAGCCGAGUUUUCCAAUGUCAUGAUCAUCUACACGCGGAUAGUGAAGAAGCCACCCGAAAUAGCCGCCUGCAGAGCCUACGUCACAGACCUGGCCCUCGACUUGGAUGUGGAUCCUAAAGAGGCCAAUAAAGGAACUCCUGAGGAAACUGGGAGCUAUUUAGUAUCAAAGGACCUUCCCAAGCACUGCCUCUACACCAGACUAAGUUCACUGCAAAAACUAAAGGAACACUUGAUCUUCAGUGUUUGCUUGCACUAUGAGUAUCCAGGAAUAGAAGACACAAUGGAUGAAAGAAAGGAAGUUAAUGUUGGGAAGCCCCUGAUUGCUAAAUUAGGCCUUCAUCAUGGAUUCAAAA